AUGGCAUCUCUAGGAAACCCAAGAACUUGGGUUCCAUAUAUGAACAGCAAAGACUGUUCUCAAGGAUUUUGUAGCUUGUACUGUCCACAGUGGUGUUAUGUGGUCUACCCUCCUCCUCCUCCUCCUCCUUUUGAAUUUCCUGAUGAUGAUUCAAGUCCAAAUUUCUCCCCUCUCGUUAUUACAAUCAUUGGGAUCUUGAUCAGUGCUUUUCUUCUUGUGAGUUACUAUGCUAUAAUAUCCAAGUACUGUGGUGGCAGAGAAUCUUCACAAAGGGAAAACCAUGAAGCAAACGUUGAAUUGGAAGAGAAUCAUAACCCUUCACUCCAUGAGCCGUGGCAUGUUUCAACCACAGGCUUAGAUGAGGCUUUGAUUAAGUCCAUAACAGUUUGCAAGUACAAGAAAGGUGAUGGUUUGGUUGAUGUAAUAGAUUGCUCCGUUUGUCUCAGUGAGUUUCAAGAUGAUGAAAGUAUUAGACUCUUGCCAAAGUGCAGCCAUGCUUUUCAUCUUCCUUGCAUAGACACAUGGUUAAAAUCUCACUCCACUUGCCCUCUAUGUCGUGCUAGCAUAUUUACCUUCAAUGCUGCAGCAUUUAAUGUUCCAGUCCCAGUGAUAGAACUUCCUUCAAGGAACGAAACUUCUUCAGCAAAUCAACAUGCAGAUGAAAACUUAGCUGUUGGAAGAAACAGUGAAUUGGAUGCAGUGGAAGAAGAAAGCAUGCAUGUUAGAGCAGUUCCAAAGACUGCAUUGCGUGCUUUUAGUGAUUUAAGCAAUUUGCAGGGAAGGCAUAGUAUAAUUGAGAUUAGAGAUGAAGACUAUGAAUCUAUUAGAAGGUCAGUAUCCAUGGAUCAUUCAUUCCAAAGUGGUCUUUCAGUUGCUGAUGUUCUGAACAUGAAUCAAGACCAAGAUUCCCAAGUAGAAGGAUGUUCUAAUGAAGUUGGUCCAUCAAAGAGAUCAAGUGGUGAAAGUAGCAAGUCUAGUAGCUAUAGAAGAAGGGUUUUGCAUUGUGUUUUGAGUCCAAUUACAAUGAAGAGAUCCUUUUCCAGUGGAAGAUUCUCGCUUACUAGGAAUGGCAGAGGAAAGCAGGGGAUUUUGCCUGUCUGA